UUAUCCCCCCCCCCACCCCCCCGGGCGAGUCGGGAGCCCCCGCUGUUGCCCCGGUGAUUGAUGAGGACGGUUCCGGAGCCGGCGAGUGCGGCCCGCGCGGCCCCAGCGCUCCGAUACAGGCGCUGGCGUUGGAAGAAGGUGUUGUACGAGCGGCAGCCGUUCCCCGAUAAUUAUGUGGAUGGGAGUUUCCUGGAGGAACUGCGGAAGAACAUUUAUGUACGGCAGUACCAGUAUUGGUCGGUGGUGCUUGAAUCCAGUGUAGUUAUCCAGCAGCUCUCCAGUGUUUGUGUAUUUGUCGUUAUCUGGUGGUACAUGGACCAGACCCGUCUCUCCCCUCAGCAGCUCUUUGGCUGUGGGCUGAUCAUCUAUCUGCUCGGCUACCUCCUGUUUGACCUCAUCGACCUCGGAGAAGGACGAAUGCACAAUGGGCGUACAAGGUGGGCUGACCUAAAGAGCACUGUUGUCUUUGUGACAUUCACCUAUGGAUUUUCACCAGUCCUCAAAACCCUGACGGAAUCCAUCAGCACUGACACCAUCUAUGCCAUGUCUGUCUUCAUGCUGUUGGGUCACCUGAUAUUCUUCGAUUACGGAGCCAAUGCAGCCAUUGUCUCAAGCACACUCUCACUGAAUAUGGCCAUCUUCGCCUCGGUGUGCCUGGCUUCUAGAUUGCCCAGCUCCCUCCACGCCUUUGCCACCGUCACUCUAGCCAUCCAGAUCUUCGCGCUGUGGCCGAUGUUCCAGAAGAAGCUGAAGGCCCGUGCCCCUGGCAGCUACCUGGCAGUCACCGUGGUCUAUGCCCUGGCCGCGGCGCUCGGCCUCCUGACCGUCUCGCCCACUGCUGCCGUCCUCUUCGCUUUGCUGCUCCUGGUGGUGGCUUUCCUAUGCCCUCACUACCUCGUCACUCUGCAGUCCUCGAAAGACAACAUCCAUGGCCCCUGGGACGAAGCUGAAAUCAAGGAAGACUUGUCCAGGUUCCUAGGUUAGUGGAACAUCAGGAGCAGGUCCUGGUUCAGGGGUGUGCCUGGGGGAGGGACUGAGACCCUCCCCCACAUACCAGUUGGUCUCAGUCUCAUCUAGCCUAACAAAACAUUCCUCCUCCAACCCACACCAUAUAUUUAAAAAAAUACUCACCCGCAGAUGGCGGAAACCUGACAAAAACACAGAAUGUGCUGGAACCUCGACAUGUUGGGCAAGGACUGUGGAGGGAGAAACAUAGACCCCCAGAAUUUGAUCCAAGGCUCUAACCAUUCCUCUCUGUGGAUGCUGCCUGACCUCCUAAGUGUUUCCAGCACUCCCAGUGCGCCUCCCCUGACCUCUGGUACUUGUUUGUGGGUGCAGAGUCCUCGCCCUCCCUGUGACCUCAUAGGUCUUUCCCCCUUCCCUGGUGCUCUGCUUUCCUCCCACUUGUGGGCCAGUGAGCUAAUUGCCCCAGUGUGCAGGUAAGGAAUAGAAUGGGGGGGGGGGGGAUUCAAUGGGGCCACCGUGGGGAAGGAUAAAAUGGGUUAGUGUGAAUGGGUGGUUGGUCAGCAUGGUUUCAGUGGGCAGACGAGCCGGGUUUCACAUCAGAACCAAGUGUCCAGGCCUGACCAAUCUUCAUUCAGCUCCAGCAAGCAGCCCUCAUUUAACAGUGGCUCACACACAAGGCAACGUGGAUGUUCCUCAGAUCCCUGGACCGAGCACUGUCAAGCGGAGCAGGAGCAGUUGACCCAGCCAAGAAGGGGAGGUGAAACCCUUGCAUUAUACAACCAUGGCUGGGAGCUGCCCAACAGCUAUUCGGCAGAUCGUUGCUGGCCCGUCUGCAGCCACAGAAGUCAGGUGAUGAUGCAACAGGGACUUCUCAAAGUACCAAAAGACUGCUUGGACAUCUUAUGUUAGCGGCAGCUUAUAGCCUGGGUUUGACCAAGGUUCUGCGGAAGAAUCAGCAACUUUCACUCUUGCCCGUGCCGCUCAAGGGAACUUCAAGAUGUAUGCUUAUCAAAAUCCCUCUCUCUACUCUAUUACUCCACUGCUUCUGGUCUUUCUCAAGUUGAGACUCCAACCAGAGUACUGGAGUGGGAUUGCAGUUCUCUCCAUUCCACGUGUUGGAAUUCACCCAGCCAAGGAACAGCCUCUCCUUUGGGGAUUUUGUUCACAUUAUUUUUAUAUAUUUUUAUAAUUCUAUCUUUAAAUAUUUGUUUUAUUUCAAAUUAAUAAUUUAUAAAGUUUAAUAUAGCAAUC